ACAACGACCUCAAGAUGUUCAGUUUUGGCGGGAAAGAUGACGCGUGUAGUGGCCAGGCUGUGAACAGAAGCCCUGCUGGCGAGUACAGACCAUCUCAAAUGGUGGGCUCGAACCCACCGCUUGCUCAUACCAUGAGCUGUUCGCCUCGGCCAUUCAACGCGUACCCACUAAACUUCGCCAGCGGUUACGAAAGAGACAGUCUCGCGAGGUACCGGCAGAGUGGUGUCCAAAAUUACAGCAAAAGUCCAAGUUCUGAUGCCAGGUCUGAUUUCCACGGACGCCCCAUUAAAUCUGAGCCGUCAGAAAAUACGUUUCUUGCCACUUCCUCACCCUCACCACAGUCCUUGCACGCGCAGGACUACCACAAGGACAUUUACCAGGCGAUAUCACCAGCCUUCCACCAUCAAGAUGCGUCACCGCGCCAGGCGGACUGCCUGGCCAAGUAUGGCUCACCAGCAGACGAUUACAGCAAAGAGCAGAGCCACCAGGAGCCCACGUACAUCACCCUGACGUCACCUCAGCGCCGCGUGGACGAAGGCCAAGGUCAGAGGGAGUUCAACUCGUGCAGGCUGAGUCACGUGACGAGGUCUCCCAACAUCAUGACGUCAUCU